AUCAAAGCGCUCGCCUCUCCUGCUCACACACUGCCUGCGCUGCGCGCAAAGCGCACAACCCAAGAGAGACUCCCAUUCUGUUGUAAAUCGACACAUGCACUUUUUAGAUUAUUUUUAUUCCACUUUGGAUAACAAUGCAAGUGUUUGCUGUGUACAUAAAUUGUUUUCCAAAAACUGUUUAAAUGUUUCACAACUGAGCAUGAGUGUCCUCUGUGAAAGCAGCUGAAAAGAUCAGAUUUUUUAUGAAGAUGGACCGGAGGCUUCCGAGGAGGCGAUGGACGUUGGCAGGGCAGGUUGUGUGUCUGCUGCUGUGUGCGUGCGCACUGGACCGGGUUUUGGCGCAGAUUCGCUAUUCAGUUCCCGAGGAGUUGGAGCACGGGGCUUUCGUUGGAAAUAUCGCAGAGGACUUGGGCUUGGAUGUGGCCAAAUUGUCUUCACGGAGAUUCCGGAUUGUUUCCGGGGCUAGAAAACAAUAUUUAGAAGUGAAUUUGGAGAAUGGAAUUCUGUUUGUGAACGAGAAGAUCGACCGUGAGGAGCUAUGUGAACAAAGUCCCGUUUGUUUCUUGCACUUGCAGGUGGUCAUUGAGAGUCCUUUGGAACUGUACCGGGUAGAAGUGGAGAUUUUGGACGUGAAUGAUAACGCACCUAGUUUCCCGUGGAGCGAGUUUAAUCUGGAGAUCACAGAGUCUGCUGCGCCUGGCUCCCGGUUCCCGCUGGAGAGCGCGCAGGAUCUGGAUGUGGGCUCGAACUCUCUCCGCUCAUACUUGCUGAGCGCCAAUCAACACUUCGUGCUGGACAUUCAGACGCGUAACGACGGCAGCAAGUUUGCAGAACUCGUUCUGCAGUCGCCGCUGGACCGAGAGCAGCAGAAGACGCACGAGAUGGUGCUCACGGCUGUAGACGGUGGCUCACCGUUGCGCUCGGGCACGGCUCAGAUCACCGUAACUGUGCUGGACGCGAAUGACAACGUGCCGGUGUUCGACCGCUCCGUAUACCGGGUCAGCUUGGUGGAGAACGCGCCUAGAGGCACGCUCGUGCUCAAACUGAACGCCACGGACCUGGAUGAAGGCGCAAACGGCGAGAUCACCUAUUCGUUCAGCGGGCACGCGCCUCUAAAGGUGCGCGAGCUGUUCAGCGUGGAUUCUCACUCGGGUGAGAUCCGGGUGAAGGGAAUCGUGGACUACGAGAGGGCCAGCGUGUACGAGCUCUACGUCCAGGCGAAAGACAAGGGUCCCUCAGCCGUGGCCGUGCAUUGUAAAGUGCUGGUCGAUAUUCUAGACGUGAACGACAAUGCGCCCGAGGUCAUAUUAACCUCUGUGUCAACACCUGUUCAGGAGGACGCGCCUCCGGGCACGGUGAUAGCCGUGAUCAGUGUAAUGGACCGCGACUCCGGAGAGAACGGGGCUGUGGAUUGCCAGAUCCCCGGAAAUGUGCCGUUCCAGCUGCACUCCUCUUUUAAAAACUAUUACACACUCGUGACCAGCGAGUUUCUCGACAGAGAGUCUGUCUCGGAGUACAACAUCACCCUUACGGCGCGAGAUCUGGGCUCGCCUCCGCUGUCCACCAGGAAGACAAUUCUGGUUCAAGUGUCUGACAUUAACGACAACCCGCCGCGCUUCAUUCAGCCCUCGUAUACUGUAUAUGUGACCGAGAAUAACGCCCCGGGCGCUUCCAUUUGCUCGGUGACCGCAUUCGAUCCGGACUCUAAUCAGAACGCCUAUUUAUCCUACUCCAUCCUGGAGGGUCAGAUCCAGGGCAUGCCGGUGUCCACUUACGUCUCAAUCAAUUCUGAUAACGGCAACAUCUAUGCGCUGCGCUCUUUCGAUUACGAGCAGCUCCGGAACUUUCAGAUCCGCGUCCAGGCGCAGGACGCCGGUUUCCCGCCGCUCAGCAGCAACGUGACCGUAAAUGUGUUCGUUUUGGAUCAGAAUGACAACGCACCGGUCAUCCUGUCCCCACUACCCAGAAACGGCACUGUUGCUACUGAAAUGGUGCCCAGGUCGGUGGACGCUGGGUACCUUGUGGCUAAAAUCACGGCGCUUGACGCGGAUGCGGGGCAAAACUCUCGCCUGUCAUAUCAGAUGCUGCAGGCGACAGAUCCCGGGCUUUUCAGCGUGGCUUUAUACACCGGGGAGAUCAGGACGAUCCGCCGCUUUGUAGACAAAGAUGCCAUCAGGCAAAGACUCGUCAUACUUGUCAAGGACAACGGGCAGCCGCCGCUCUCGGCCACCGUGUCCAUCAUUCUCUCGGUUGUGGACAGCGUGCCGGAGUCUCUGUCCGACUUCGGUGACCUCUCGCUCAGCCCCCAGCCCCCGUCUAACCUCGCGCUCUAUUUAAUCGUGUCACUGAGCACCGUCUCGCUCAUCUUCCUCGUGGCCAUCAUCGUCCUGGCGGCCGUGAAAUGCUACAAAGACCGCGACUCCCUCGGCGGUUACGCGCUCUCCUCACUCGGUGCCGCUUGCUGCAGCUUUGAACCGGAACCGCCCGCCGAGGUGUUCAAAAAGUCUAAUCUCAACCUGCAGAUCUCCACCGGCGCCAAAGUGCCCACGAACUGCGUGGAGGUAAACAGCAAUCCUGGAAAUCUCUCUCAAGCUUACUGCUACAAAGUGUGUUUGACGCCCGAAUCUGCAAAGAGCGACUUUAUGUUUCUCAAGCCUUGCAGUCCCGGCACACCGAGAAAUAACGCGGCGAGAGGAGCGGAUAACCUGGCGCUGAGCUCACAGAGCCGCUGCUCGUCCGUGAACAACGGAGCGACUACGCCGAACGAGUUGAAACAAGCAAACACUGACUGGGCCCUCACCAAAAAUCAAACCUCCUCUCUGAAAAGUUGUAACUCUAUAAACAUGGAUGGCACUCUGAUGCGUAAGGCCAUGCAGGCCGAACCAGAGAAUUAUACGGGUCAAAUGGCUGCCGGACAGUACUGGACCUGGGGAACCCGCUCAAGAGAGUACCGGAUGCAUUCUCCAGCAGGUAGUGUUUCUCAAAGGGCCUGGACUCCUCACUACACGCCCCAACACAACCCCACCCACCACCUGCAACAACAGCAGCAGCAGCAGCCCACGGCACAGGUUCACCCGCACCCUCCGCCGGAUUACCAGCACAACGUCUACAUCCCAGGCACUCCGUCUGGCUUCUGCACCCUGCGACCCAGUUACCGCAGUGAGCUCGACGUCCACAACUCAUUCUCCACCUUCGGCAAGAAACGUAGGUUCAUCUCUCCCAGCAGCUACGAUCCACAUGAUGACACGGGGGCGGAGGUCAUCAACAAUGACUUGUAUAAUGAAUAAAAUAAGACGGAAGGACCUAUGCUGUGAUGAUGAACAAAAAGAGUGACUUAUUACCAAAGCAUAGCACUCAAUAUGUAGUCUCAGCCUCAGAUGGAGCAACUCAGUCCAUUCAUUGACCAUCUGAUGCAUAUUGCACAUGCAAUGCAACUUCUGGUGAUUUAGGAAAUAACAUUGUUUUUUAAAAUAAUAUAAUCACUGGAUUUGCCAUAGUUUGCCUGGAUCGUGGCUUCAAAUCGUUGAAAGUUAUUCAGGCACAGAACUGUAUAUCCCACUUUGUUUUCUGUCUGUUAAAGGGAUAGUUCACCCAAAAAUGAAAAUUCUGUCAUUAAUUACUCACCCUCAUGUAAUUUUAAACUUGUAAGACCUUUGUUCAUCUUCGGAACCCAAAUUACAAUAUUUUUGAAAUCCGUCAGCUUUCUGACCCUGCAGAAACAGCAAUGCAACUAUCACGUUCAAGACCCAGAAAAGUAGCAAGGACAUUGUUAAAAUAGUCCAUGUGACAUCAGUGAAUCUACUGUAAUUUUAUGCAAGCUACAAAAACAGUUUUUGUGUGCAAAGAAAACAAAAAUAAUGACUUUCUUAAGCAAUUUCUUGCAAACAUGCGUAGACUGACACAGAAGAGAAGAAAUGGCUGUCUAUGCAGGAUCAGAAAGAUCUCUGAUUUCUUCAGAAAGAUCUUAGUUUGUGUUCCGAAGAUGAAGGUGAGUAAUUAAUGGCAGAAUUUUCAUUUUUUUGGGAGAACUAUCCCUUUAACUUGUUAUUGUUAGUCUAAAAUUGCCUCUCUGGUUUCUUCUGUUUUCUGUACAACCAUUUUUUUCUGAGAUUUUUAGAGUGCAACAGUGCCUGACCACUUUCUUAGCGGACUUGGUUCCAGAAGUAUUUUUCCCAUUCACUUUUUUACCAUUAGGAUUUAAAAAUAAAUAAAAUAAAAUAAAAUAAAUAAAACUUUGUAAGCCAUAAAACAAGAAGUUAUACGAAUGUAAAACAUUACAAACUUUGAUUUGAAGCCAGUAAUUAUUUAAAUAUUAAACAAAAAGACUAGACUAUAUACUAGACUGAACUAUAAAGAUGUGAAUUUUUAGAUUUAAAGUUAAAAUCAUGGAAUUAUGUUGUUAAACAGAAAUACUUGAAGUAAAAAUUGAAAUAAUGCAAACUGAUAGCUUCAACAAAAGCAUAUACAAUCAAUAAACAAACUUUUAAUUUCGGAGCCCAGCUGUUGCACUCUAAUUUCUGACAACCCUACCUAAAUGGGAUGUUUUGUUGCUUUACUUGUCAGUCAGGCAGAAUGAGCAGCAAACCGACUUUAUGCUGCAAGUCUGAGGCUACUUGUCACGUGACAGGCAGUGAAACCAAACAUUUAUGAUGUCACGGUGCCGCUAUGCUAUGAUGGCUCUGUCUGUCGCCGCUGUGCUCACACUCACUCAAACGUGCGCUUUUCACUCACAUUGUAUGUGCUUGUGGUACAUCAUUCAGAUCUGUUCAUACGACAUACUGUCUGUCCUGUCAUUGGGGCAUAUUGUACUUUACAGAGGCUCUGUAUCUCAGGAUAGGAUGGUCUGGCUGUUUUCUGACAAUGAACAGAUAUUUAAAAGAACUUGAAUAAAUUCGUUAAAAGAGAAAAAGGAGCACUUAUGAUCCCAGUGAAGCUAAGAAACUUGCUUGUCCUGUUAUAUGAGGGACUGAAUUAAAUUUAAUCUGUAUUAUUAUCAUUAGUAGUAGUAACUGCAAAUGCUUGGUUAGUUUGACCACGCCAGGCCUAAAGGUCAAA